CCCGGCAGGCCAGCCAGGCUGUGAGAGCUGGAGGCCAAAGGCGGCAGGUGACUCAGGGUGCCUGCGGGAGUUUCGGGAGAGGAGAGCAGCCAUCCCGGAACUGUUUCUGGAGCAUCUAGGAAUCCACUCAACCCCAGACUAUUUGAUUUACCUGUCUCCAAAACACAGCCAGCAGGUCCAUGGCUGGCAGGCCUGUGCCCCCCGGAUGCCAGGAGGAGGAGACUACCAAAGACCCCGGGUUGAAACUAGCACCAGUGCGGCCUCCAGGCCACCUGCCCAGCAUUGAUGAGGCCCGACCAGCAGGUCCUGGCCCAGGCUCCCGCCGUGGCUCCGUGCUGGGCCUGGCUUCAUCCUUUUCCCACCGCAACUCGCUGGCUGGACUAGGUAUGGGUCCUGGGGGUAGGCGACCAUCCUUGGGCUCGGUGCCCCCUUUAGGUUCACGGGUCAGCUUCACUGGAUUGUCCCUGGGACCUCCCCGGCGGAUGGCGCCCUCUUAUCGCACUGAGCCAGCGUCUGGGGAGCGCUGGGAGGCCACGAGAGCACAACGUGCCCUGGAGGAAGUGCUGGCCACAGGACUGCAGGACACAAGCUACUCUGGCACCAAGGUGGGGCUGCUGGUGCGGGAGCUGUGUGAACUGGUGCACAUGCGUCUGAGAGAGCUCAGCCCACCGCGCUACAAGCUGGUGUGCAGCGUGGUGCUGGGGCAGCGCAGUGGCCAGGGUGCGCACGUGGUCAGUCGCGCGCUCUGGGACACGGCGCAUGACGGCCUGGCCUCCGCCACCUUCACCAACGCCUCACUCUUUGCAGUGGCCACAGUCCACGGGCUCUACUACGAGUGA